UCUUACCAGCUGUUUACUCAGGGGGAACUGAUAUAUUUCAUGAUUAAUAAACACUCUGGUGAAAUCAGCACGAUGACAGCUAUAGACAAACCUGUUGGUCAUCAGUUCGCAUUAAACAUACGAGCUGCUUUCAAGGGAAACACUUUUCGGGAUCGUCAACUUUUAGUUGAUGUUGUUGAAAACAACAAAGAAGCGCCACAAUUUUCAAAACCUUUAUAUUCUUUCUUAGUCUUUCAGUUUGAAAAACCUGGCAAGACUAUCGGCUAUUUAAACGCCACCGAUGAUUCCAAAGAAGACUACAACAGACAGAUUACUUACGAGAUACAAGAACAAAAAUAUCCGAUUCUAUCUUUAGAUAAACACAGCGGUCGCCUUCGACUCAAUGAUACGUUACGACUUGAUCUCAAGGAUAUCAACUUCACGGUGAAAGUAUCAGAUAACGGCUUGCCGUCAAAGACGGCAUAUGCAUUGGUUAAUAUCAAAAUUGUCGGUCUACCAGAAUUAGAAACCUUUUGUACAAUUACGAAAGGGAAAACAUCGCAGAUAUGCUGGCAGAACCCGGUACACAAGCUUAAUUACACGUACAACAUUGAAAUUCGAAACGAAAAAUACCACCAUCGUAACACCGUUUCCGGUGGCACCGAACACUGCUACAAUACGCCGUUGCGUGACAGUGCCAAUGAUUCCUAUUUCUACAGAGUGCAAUCUAAAUUCUUCAGUGAAAUUAGUCCAUACAGUCAAUGGCGACAAGCAGUUCAUAUGCGCCCGGACUGUGACAAAUUCGACCAAUGUUUAAUUCGCUCUCCAUGUGCUCAUGGGGGAACGUGUGUUUCGAAAGCUAAUAAUUUCACCUGCCACUGUACUCGAGGCUGGCGAGGCGAAACAUGUGAAGGUGAAGAUACGUGUGCUCACAAAGUCUGCUUGAACAACGGCACUUGUAAGAUGACGUCCCACAACGAAUUCAAGUGUAAAUGUCCGGAUGGAUAUGUUGGUGAGUUUUGCGAGUUCUCAAAUCCAUGCACAUCUAUUCCGUGCCAAAAUGGCGCCGCGUGUAGAAUACGUUCUAAUGCCACUUUUCAGUGCGAUUGCUCUCCAGGAUACUCCGGUGAAGUGUGUGACUCAUUGGACCCAUGUGGUUUGAAACCUUGCAAAAAUGGAAAGUGUAUAGCAGUUACCGAAAAGGAUUUUAAAUGUCAAUGUAAAUCUGGUUACACUGGACCACUGUGUGAUGUGUUUAAUUUUUGUAGCUUACAUAACCCUUGUCAUAAUAAUGGAACUUGUAUUCCUACACAGAAAAACUCCUAUAAAUGCAAAUGUCCAACGAAAUAUAGGGGUAGGAAUUGUUCUUACCUCGAUCCCUGUAUUGCUAUUAAUUGUCAAAAUGGAGGAACAUGUCAUAUCAGCAAUAUUACAGGAAAGCAUUGUUUGUGUAAACCUGGUUUUAUUGGAGGAGAAUGUCAAAGGAGGGAUUUAUGUUAUCUCUUGAAACCCUGCAAAAACGGUGGAACCUGUAUCAUGAACGAUAACGACACAUACAAGUGCCUGUGCGUGAAUGGUUCUAUAGGGGGCCAAUGCCAGUUAUGGGACCCGUGCAUUUCGGCAACAUGCCCGUCCAAUAAAUCGACAGGGUGUGUCAGGUUAUCGGACAUUGCAUACCGAUGUAAAUGUAAAGCCGGUUACACGGGGGACCUCUGUGAUUUGGACGCAUCUGGUUGCCAAUUUUCCCCUUGCAAGAAUAAUGGCUCGUGUCAUUUGGCAUUUGACACACCUGCAGGUUACAAGUGCCGAUGCGCAGGGGUGUAUUCAGGAAUCCACUGUGAUGAGUGGGAUCCAUGUACGAUAAAUAGUUGUUAUAAUGGAGGUACCUGUUUAAAAUUGAAUGGUGGAAGCUAUACCUGUUCAUGUCCAAAGGGUUAUGUAGGGAAAAUGUGUGAAAUAGAACUAGCCUGUCAUAAAGAUAUUUGCUUGAACGGUGGUCAGUGUUUGGUAAUUUACAAGCAACACGUAUGUGUUUGUUUGGAAAACUUUACUGGUCUUUAUUGUCAGGAAGAAAUAACAUGCCAAAAUGCAACAUGUUAUAAUGGCGGGUUUUGUAAAAACAACGGCGUUUGUCAGUGUUUGCCAGAUUUUACAGGUGAACAUUGCGAAACUGUAAAUCCUUGUCAUUCAAACCCGUGUCUUAACGGUGGAACUUGUCGAGGAACUACCGAUGGUGGAUUUAACUGUACAUGCAUGCUUUCCUUUGAAGGAAAUUUGUGCCAGAAAAAGCUUAGUGUUUGUGUGCGUUUAAAGCCUUGCAACAACAGAAGCGUAUGUACCCCGACACCUUCUGGUGGUUUUAUCUGCAACUGUAAGCCCCAAUUUAGUGGAGAAAACUGCACAGAAGAAG